AUGUUGAAGUUAGUUUUUGUUUUGGGGCUAUUGGGCCUAACCUUCGCUGCUUCAGGAUCUUCUUCAAAACGAGAAGAUACCAAAGCAAGUGACAGCAAUCAUCAGCCUGUAUACUCUCCGUCUGCGUCUAGUCAAGCUUCGAGUGGAAGUGGGCUGGAUUCUUCUAGCAAGAGUUACCAGCCAGCAUCUGCUAACCAAAGAGGUCAGUACUAUUACUACUACCCAGUGCAGGAGAAACCCAAGGUACAAGACAGUAGCAUCUCUGCUUCUGAGCUACAACCGACCUUCGCUGCGUCCAGUUUCAACCCAGUCAGGUCCAACUUCGAUACCACUUCAGUCCAAAGUUCUUCAGGCAGUGACGUUUACCAGGGAGCUGCAGACACUCAGGAUCUAACCUCUUCACCGUACGCUAACCAAUAUGGAGCACUUAACUCUGGUCAGUUUGGAAGUUUUAAUGGUGGCCAGUUUGGAGGUACCAGCGCAGGUCAGUUUGGAACUGAUGGUGUAAAUAAUGGAUUCGAUAGCGGAGUAAACCAACUAAUCGCGGGGGGAUAUGGAGGAGGUUUCCAAGGUAACGCCGGAGGCUACUUGCCUUCCGCUAGCAGUCUCAACUAUCAGUAUGGCAACGGAGCCGGCGGUUAUGGCGUUGAACAAACAAGUAAUGGCUUCGGUCUUUACUCACUAGCAAUGCCUAUUCUGGGCCUGAUCGGUCUCGGACUUCUCUUACCCACAGUCACUAGCCUAACUGGAACCAGCGCUUCCACGCGCCGGAAGCGGGAAGUAGGUGAAAUCUGUGGAAGAUGA